AUGUUGAAAGGAAAAAAAGUAGCUUCAAAGACAAACACACCAAUAGUGGAAGAUUCAACAUCAAGUGAAGAAGAUAAUCCAUCUGUUGCAGUAGAAGAAAUUCAAAAAUCAGCAUCACCAACGAUGAGAUCAAAGUCAGCAUUAAAAGAUUCAACCCCAAUUUCAUCCCCAGCUCCAUCAGUUCCAGCAGAAGAAAUUAGGAAAUCAACAGGACCAAAAACGAGAUCGAAGAGAUCAUUAGAAGAUUCAACAUCAGAUUCAGUACCAGAAACUUCAAAUACAUCACCAGUUAAGAAGAAAUCAAAGACUUCAAAGACUUCGAAUCCGCCAAAGAAGACUUCAAAUCCUCCAAAGCCUCAAAAGCCUUCAAAGCCCCCAAAGCCUUCAAAGCCUUCAACAUCUGUUAAGAGAAAAAAAAAUACAAACAAACCUUAUAGAUCAGGUUUUAAUGCAAUCAACGAGUUUGUGAACAAGUACCUUGAGAAGGAUGGAGACGUAAUCAAAAAGGAUCGUAACAAAGUAUGGUUCACUGAAUUUCAGUUAGAGAAGCAAAAGGAGAGCCCUUUUUGUCUUAUAUUAGAUGUCUUCGUUCACAAGAAAGCUGAAAGGAAAGAGGAGGAAAACUCAGAAAAGAAAAAGGAGAAGAAAAGAGAUCUGUGGUUCAAGAGUCCAAAAUCAAUCUUGAAGAUUGUGAACCAGUUCCGCCAUGAUAAUUCAGGGAAUAAUGUCUUCGUUUUCAAUACUGCCGAGGAGAAAAAGUUUGUGGAAGUAGAAAGUAUGCCAGAAGAUUUGUUCUUAAUUUUUGAAUUAAAAAUGGUGGCAUCAGAACCCGUGGAAGGAGAAUGUACCAAAACUAGAGCUGAGCAGAGAUACGGUUCACUAAUAAACCGAUUGAAACUGAAGGAUCAAUCCAAGUUGGGGAAACUAGAUGUGGAGAAUGAAAUAUUGCGUAUAAUGAAGUUAAAUCCAAAGCUGGAUAUGGAGAUUGAGAGAAAUGUUGAGGACUUGGUAGUAUUGUUUGCGAUGUACCUGUGCAUCACUGUUUUCUUUACCACAACAAAUGGAAGUGGGAUUACCAAGAGCCAAUUUGCUCCCUACUUUGAAUCAUUGGAAAGAAUGAAAAAAACCAACUGGCCAGUUCAUAUACAUAAAUAUCUGAUGGAUAGCAUUAGGAAACAUGUUGCCACACCACUUAGAGUUAAUGGUUGUAUGGUAUACCUCAUGACGCCAAGCAAUGAACAAGGUUUCCCAAGGUUUCUAAGGUGGGUGAUAAGUGACAUCAGCAAUACAAUAGAGAAAGACAUUGGUGAAGCCAUGAAAAAGAUGCAACCCGGAUGGGUAAAAGCUUGGAGUGAUGAACAACAACAAAUUAUGGAAGAGUACAGAAAGAAUAGGCAAGAAAGUAGCAUAGAUGUACUGAAAGAAAAGUUGUACAAAGCACUACAACAAAGAGAUGAAGCAUUGGAAGAGCUUUCUGACUUGCAGGUUAAACAUCAAAAGCUUGUUAGCUUCAUUGAAGAAAAAAGCAAGAAAAUUUAUGCAGCUAAUCUGAAGAAUGUGCAAAAUGAUAAGGAUGUUGUUGAUUUAGUUGUUGACUCCUUGCAAGAAAUCAUUUCAUUUAACAAAGAAUUAAAAACUGAGGAUGAACGUGAUGAUGAUGAGCAGGAGGAGGAGGAAGGUGAGAAAGAUGAGAAAAGUGGCAAAGGUGAUGUGGAUGAUAGUGAUGAUGAUGAUGAUGAGGAAAGUGACAAAGGUAAUAGAAGUGGCAAAGAUGGUGAUGUGGAUGACAUUGAUAAGGAGCAGGAGGAGGAGGGUGAUGAGGAUGAGGAGGAUGGUGGUGGUAAAGGUGGUGAUAUGCAUGCAUGA